CACGCAGAGACCUCGGCAGGAGCCAAAGGCGCAGCACCCGCGGCAGCCAUGGAGGGACAAGUGUGGGCGCUGCUGUGCUGGCACGCGCCGGGGCGGUCGGCGUUGGCGCUGGCGGCGGCGUUGGUGGCCGUGGGCUCCCUGGGGCGCUUCGGGGCGCUGAGCGUCGGUGCCCACGCGGCGUUGGCCGUCCUGGCUGUCACCGUCCCCCUCCACCUCUACCGCGCCGCUCUGCGGGCGCUGCGCCGGGUGCCACCUACCCCUGCCCGGAUGGGGCCGGAGGUCGCCGUGGGGCUGAGCCCCGAGCAGCAGCGGCGCUGGGCGCGGCGCCUGGCGCGACACCUCAGCGCCGCCCUCCGCACCCUCACCCGACUCUUCCUGGUCCACAGCCUUCCCGAAUCCCUCAAGUUCGCCUUCUUUUUCUACCUUCUGACCUACGUUGGGGCCGUCUUCAACGGGGUGACCCUGCUGGGAGCAGGCAUCAUCUGCGCCUUCACCUUCCCCGUGAUCUACCAGCACCAUCAGGCGCAGAUCGAGCAGAGACUGCAGCUGCUGAGGAGCCACCUGGGCCACCUCCGGGCCAGGAUCCGGGCCACGGUCCCCAGUGCCAAACUGGAGAGGCAUUGACCCUCCCAGUGACACUCCGAGGUGACAGUUGGGGGGGGGGG